AUGUGCUUUAUGCAGACUAUGAAAGACACAAGCUCAAUCCCUGCAGUUGAAGUUUUAAAUGUUCAUGUCAUCUUCCCCAAUGAAGAUAGAUAUGAAGGGGAAUGUACAAGAACUGAAGAUGGUGCACUGGAGAGAAAUGGAUUUGGAACUCAUACAACACGCAAUGGUAUAAUCUACACAGGGCAAUGGAAAAAUGACAAGAUAAACGGCACUGGAAAACUGGAACAUCCAUCAGGUGCAAUAUAUGAAGGAGAAUUUAAAGACAACAAAUUCCAUGGUACAGGGACCUAUACAUGGCCAAAUAGGUUAAAAUACAUUGGAAGCUUCAAUGAGAACAGAUUGGAAGGGGAAGGCAAGUUCAUAGAUGCAGAAGAAUAUGAAUGGGUUGGCACAUUUCAUUACAGAGCUGCACCGGGGCUGAAGUUGAAACUGGAUAUGUAAUCCGUAUCUGGAUGGGACUGAUUCUUGGAACAUUGUCAUGUAAUCUUAAUGACAUUUUCUUUUAAACAUCACCACA